AUGUCCAGUGAUCAUGAGAAGGAACUUUUCUGGACCUUGCUGGACAUGCACAAGUAUCAGCAGCUAAGAGGUGCUGUCCCAGAAGAUUUCUCCUGGGAUGGAUCGCUGCAUCCUACGCUCAAGACCACCGUCCUCAUCGAAGCUUGUGAUUUCGUUUGCGUCGAGCAGAAACAAGGAGAAGUGCUGGAUGUAGUUGAGUGGCUUAUUCGGUCAGGGGCCAAUCCGUCCCAAAAGUGUGCCACAAGUCAAGAGUUCAGCAUAUGGAAGGCGCGAGACGAACACAACACAAAGCUUAGCGUCUCAUACCGAGGACACUCCUUUCUUUCCUGGAUCAAAGCUUGGAAAGACAAAUUUGCUCAAGCAAAAGCAGGGGAUUGGAAAGACACGAGCAAAUUCCUCGACAAGGUGGUCGAUCGGGUUGUUCAAGCUAUGCAGCAGAAGAGUGUUCGGCGCAAAGCCUCCGUGCAUGAAGGCAUCGUUGACAUUUGGGAGAAGUCGUUACGUGCCACUGCCUCACAUGACCUGACCAUCGAAGCUUCCGACAGCGAAGUCACUGCUCAUACACAUAUGCUUAUGGAAGCAUCCCCGGUAGUCCGGGCCAUGCUGGGAUCGACUAUGAGGGAAGGGAAGUCUCAACGAAUCCAGCUGCACGACACUGGGAGUAGCGCAGUCACGCUGUUUCUCGAAGCACUCUACACAUCUUCAUUAUUGAGUGAUCCGGACUACAAGAAUGCAUUGUCAGCUUUGGACCUAGCUCAUCGUUGGCAAGUGGAGGUUCUGGUAUCAAUGCUUGCAGAUCUCGUUGCGGAAAUGAUCACAGAAGACAAUUUCCGAGAGAUUGCGGAGCACGCAGCCCUGAAGAACCUGGACACUCUGAAGAAGGCUUGCAUAAGAUUUGGAGCUGAUUGCGUUAAAAUUCAAGAGCAGAUCAAGAAGCGCCAGUUCCCCAAGCCCGUCCAGGACCUCUUCUAUCAUUCAGAAGCAGCACCACCAGUCAAGAAGCGCAGAAGCUUGUGA